AGCCCCUAGAGUCUUCACGCCGGCAGGUCGGCCGCUGAGCAGAAUGGAGUUUUGCCUGAGGAGGGACUGCAGGAUCAGUGCCCUGUCACCCUGACCUUUUCAGUUGAAGAAGGAAAUCAAGUCCCCCGGCGCAUCGAUGGCGUUUUGGGGGCCAGAGCAACCUCCUUCCAAAAGGAAAAAAAAAAAAAAAAAAAGAGUUGGGCGCUGUUUCCGUGUUCGGGGUGCGGGGCUGGGACCUGUCCCCCUCUGUCUCUCUCCCACCCUGUUCCACACCCCGCUUCAGCACACUCCCCUCUGCCGCCGCACUUCCGCCGGGGGCCGCUUGCCGCCCCGCCGCUGCGGGACAACCCCUCACAAAACCGAUCCUGGCUCCAGCCGGCUGCCUUGCUGAGCAUCACCUCCCCCUGGAGCCCCGCGGGGAAGGAAGCCGCCCUGGGGAGACCGAGUCCCGCCCCGCAGCACUCAGCCGCCCGGCAAAGGAGCUCCGCGCCUGGCUACCGCGCCGGCCCCGGCGGGGUGGGCGCUCCGGGGCUCUGAGCCCGCGCUCCGGCUCCUGCUCGGGCUUUUCGAUGUAGGAGGACAGAUAAGGGACAAAAGGGAGACCAGUGGAAAAGCACUUGUGUCCUGCUAGGUGGACUAUGGUGGCAGGAAGAUGUUGGCCAGGAAGAGUAUCAUCCCUGAAGAAUAUGUGCUGGCACGGAUUGCUGCUGAGAAUCUUCGCAAGCCACGCAUCCGGGACCAGCCCCGCAAAGCUCGUUUCAUCGCUAAGAGUGGGGCGUGCAAUUUGGCUCACAAGAACAUCCGCGAGCAGGGCCGCUUCUUGCAAGAUAUCUUCACCACCCUGGUGGACCUGAAGUGGCGCCACACGCUGGUGAUCUUUACCAUGUCCUUCCUGUGCAGCUGGUUGCUCUUUGCCAUGAUGUGGUGGCUGGUGGCUUUUGCCCAUGGAGACAUGGAUGCUAGCACCGAGAACUGUACAGGCAGUACUAAAUGGACACCAUGUGUGACAUGUGUCAGGUCUUUCACUUCUGCUUUCCUCUUCUCCAUUGAAGUUCAAGUGACCAUUGGUUUUGGGGGCAGAAUGAUGACAGAAGAAUGUCCCAUGGCCAUCACUGUCCUGAUUCUGCAGAACAUCGUAGGUUUGAUUAUCAAUGCUGUCAUGCUGGGCUGCAUAUUUAUGAAAACUGCCCAAGCUCACAGAAGGGCAGAGACCUUGAUUUUCAGCCGGCAUGCGGUGAUUGCCAUUCGGAAUGGCAGACUUUGCUUCAUGUUCAGAGUGGGAGACCUGAGGAAAAGCAUGAUCAUCAGUGCCUCGGUGAGAAUACAGGUAGUGAGGAAGACGACUACGCCCGAAGGGGAGAUCAUCCCUAUACAUCAGCAAGACAUCCCAGUGGAUAACCCUAUUGAGAGCAAUAACAUUUUCCUGGUGGCUCCGUUGAUCAUUUGCCAUGUCAUAGACAAGCGGAGUCCUCUCUAUGAUAUCUCUGCUAGUGACCUUGUCAACCAAGAUUUAGAACUUAUAGUGGUACUUGAAGGAGUAGUAGAAACCACUGGCAUCACCACGCAAGCAAGAACAUCUUACAUAGCAGAGGAGAUCCUUUGGGGUCACCGCUUUGUGCCCAUUGUAACGGAAGAGGAAGGCGUGUACGCGGUUGAUUACUCCAAGUUUGGCAACACGAUCAAGGUAGCAGCUCCGCGGUGCAGCGCUAGGGAGCUGGAUGAAAAGCCUUCCAUUCUCAUCCAGACUCUUCAGAAAAGUGAGCUGUCUCAUCAAAACUCUCUGCGGAAACGCAACUCCAUGAGGCGGAACAACUCCAUGAGGCGGAACAACUCCAUGAGGAGGAACAACUCUUCCCUCAUUGUGCCCAAAGUACAGUUUAUAACACCUGAGGGGAAUCAGAGUGUGUGUGAAACAUGAUAUACAACCUCACAUGAGGCUGAGUCUCCAAUAAAGGUUGAGAGGCCAAAAAUGUUUCUAAAGAAACAGAGACAAAAUAGAACUGUACUGGAGCUAUUUAUUCUGUUACUUAGUGAAAGCAUCACAUAACAGCAGUAGGAAACACUAUAGCACUAGGCAUAUUAAUGAAUGAAUAAUGGCACUCAGAAUAAAGGAAGCAUGGUUCACUCAUGUAAUGUAUUUUGUAUUAAUAUAUGUUUUAGUGGCAUGUUAGAUUUUUUUCCUUUCAAGGAAAUCUAUCUGAUACUUUUCUACAGACUGUCAUAAAAUGUGUUUUACUUUUUACUUCUGGAUUACGCACUGUCAGACAGUGGGCUGAUUUUCAAUAGCACUGUGCACCCAGUAGCUUCCAGUUAUUUAUGUGGAAUGCAUGGAUUUAAGGUUAGUAGAUUCAUUGAUUCCAAAGGCCAGAAGGGACUUCUCUGAUCAUCUAGUCUGUCCUCCUAUAUAACAUAGACCAUAGAACAUCUCUAAAAUAUUUCCUAGUGUACAUCAGAACUUAAUUUAAAAAUUGCCACUCCUGCAGCAUCUACCAUGACCUUUGGUAAAUUGUCCCAAUGAUUAAUUACCCUGACUGUUAAAAAAAAUAUGCCUUAUUUCCCAUCUGAAUUUGUCUAGCUUCAACCUCCAGUCUUUGGAUCUCGUUAUACCUUUGGCAGCUAAAUUGAAGAGCCCAUUAUCAUAUAUUUGUUCCCCUUGUAGGUAAUUAUAAAUUUUAAUCAAAUCACCCCUUAAUUUUCUCCUUGAUAAGCUAAAUAGAUUGAGCUCCUUGAGUCUAUCACCACAAGACAUGUUUUCUAAUCCUUUAAUCAUUCUUGUGGCUCCUCUCUGAACCAAUUUAUCAACAUCCUUCUUAAAUUGUGGUCACCAGAACUGGACACAGUAUUCCAGCAGUAGUCUCAGCAGUGCCAAAAACAGAGAUAAAAUAACCUCUCUACUCCUACGCAAGAUACCCUGUUUGUGCAUCCAAGCAUCACGUUAACCUAUUAGUCACAGCAUCGUUUUUUGGAAAUCAAGUAAAGUGUUCAUAAACAAUUUCCUAUUAUCUUUCAAUUUAUUCUCAUUAAAUUCUUUAUCCCAGCUGAUUUGCCUCAGAAUUGUUUUCAGCUUUGUGAAAUUGGCCCUUUUAAAGCACCAUGUGUGUGUGUGUGUGUGUGUGUGUGUGUGUGUGUGUGUGUAAACAAGUAUAGUUCUGUUUGCACAUUAUAAAGUCUGUUGCGGUGCGGGGGGGUAACAUCCUGACUCCACAGAAAUCAAUGACAAAACACCCACUGAUUUCAGUGGGGCCAGAAUUUCACUCCCAGUUUUUAAAAUCUUGGUUCCACUGGUUUAUGAAAAUGUCAUUGGUGACAGAAGGCCAGCCUAACUAAAUUAAAGCAAUGAAAACCGCAUUCUUUAGCACCACUGUUGGCAGCAUCAGUUUGAGCACGAGACCACAGCUGAUUGAGCACGAGACUACGGCUUAAAAGUGGUCAUGCCUUGACCCCAACCUACCAGCUCUAUGGCCUAUGGAAGUUUGAGCAAGUUCCAAAACCUGGGGGUAAGGGAUGAUGUUCGCUACCCCUAGACCCCCUAAUUGGUGCCAAUGCUUCUACCCCUGCCUGCUAACCCUCUUGGAGUGUGACUAGUGAGCUGGUGCAGAUAUUGAGCCUGGCCAUGUGUUAGAAGGGUGAUCAAUAGUAUUCAGAAUGGUCAGAUCUGGGGAUCUGUAUCUCACCACCUUGCAUCCAUGGCCACGGCUAUCAAAUUGUUCCGAGAUGUUUGUUUGCCCAUUUGUUUGAAACAGGUAAGGCACCAUUCUCCAUAAAAUAAAAAAAUAGCAAUAAUGACUUACUCUGCCUCCCUUGAGGGUUUUUUUCACCCUUCUUUCCCUUGUAUCAUUCUAUUCUCAACUCUUCACUGUUUGUCUUGAUACUUCCUUUCUUCAGCCUUUUCCAGGGUCCCUUAGUUUAAUGUUUUUAUAUUUCACUCUCUAAAUAUGUCUGCUGAGAUUUUUUUUUCUUCAUAAUGCUCUGUCUCAUUUUGUCCCCCAAUUUGGUCUCUCUCUCUCCCUCUCAACACCAAUAUAUUCUCUCUCCUUCUCCUUUCCCAUCCAUCCCAAUCAUUCUACCACUACCAUUUCUUAUUGUUAUUAUCUAUUUUUUGUAUCGUGGUAGCACCAAGGAGUCCCACUCACGGACCAGGACCCCCUUGUACAAGGCAUUGUACAAAUGCAGAACAAAAAGACUGUCUCAUUUCAAUCCUGACUGGAUCCUCUUCCUCUUCCACUUCUAGCACCCAGUCCCCUUGGGUGCUCUGCCCUCUCUGGAAUGAGAGCCACAGCCAGGUCCAGCUCCCACUCCAUGGGUAGAUGGAGAGUAUAUUUGGGAGGGUGAGUUGGGUGACAGCUGGUGACUUUGCAUGUGUCACCAUCUCAAUCCAGGUGACCUGAGCCCUCAGCUCAGCAGGGUGAACUGAUGACAGCACUGUUCCUGACUGAGCAAUGCAGUCUUGGAUGAGGGGGCAUUAGGGGGCAUUGCGGAGAUGCUGGCAUAGCACACACAGUGUUCAGGACAUCACCAGAGAUCCAUGAGGUUAGGAGCAGCAUUCUCCGCAGAACAUAGGGGCUCCACACAGAUUCAAGCACUUCUUUACAAACCAGAAGAUGCUGAGUGGGAUUGAGUUGGCCACUCUAUACACCAGAGUUUCUGAAGCUCUUUUUCCUCCUGCCACAGGUUUUCCAACUGAGAGGGGUUGUUUGGCCCUGUUUGAGGUUAUAUACAUUCAAAGGACACUAUCAGCUUAAAAAUCAGAGAGACAUUUUUCAAAUAUGGCUGUUUAAAGUUAGCUUCCGAUUCCGUGUAGGGACCUAAGUAAGCAGCCUGAUUUUGAAAAGUGUGGAGCAACCAGCAGCUCCCAUUGAAAUCAGUGCUUUUGAAAGUUUGGCCAUUUAUAGAGUUACCUAACUAUGUGCACAUAGCUCUCUGAAUUCUUUGUGCCUAGUAUUAUUACCCAUAAUACCUAGAGUUAUUAUAAGUGAAAGGCAUUAAAGGAAUACUAUAUUUCUCUCCCUUUCCCACCUCAUUUAUUUUAUUCAUUUGACAGCACUUUGUGUAUAAUAAAAUCUAGUGUACUCUGAA